AUGGACCCCGAAAUUGAGAAAGAUUUGAAAUCUUUGACGAAAUCUUUGCAUGCGAUUAAUUUGUCACUUCGAAACCGACUAUUAUCAAUUUUGAAGGACGCCAAAUAUGUCAAAGAGGUGAAACAAAAAUUUCCCGACUAUCCACUUAUACCGAAUGACAGAUGUGGAAGAUGGUAUGUGGACCCAAUAGAGUAUGAUGGGAAAUGGAUGCCAUCAUAUUUCAAAUCCACUGAUGGGCACACCAACGAAUGGUCAUUUUCUACACGGCGAUUGAAUCUACACAUUUUGAAGCAAGUUCGGGAGACGAAAGGGAUUCUAAUUGUGGAUUCAACUAGAAGGGGUAAAAAAAUCCCUGACUCGUUUAGUAAAACGAUACCCAUUUGGAUAGCCAUCAUGAACAAAUACAUUGCGCCUGAUAAAUCGUAUGAUGAGCUGCUAUUUACGCCAGAUGAUACCGUCUCAAACUACGAGAGGGAUAGAAUCCUUGAGAGAUUACCCCACUUUCAGAGUGAGAUGAACAAAUAUAAAGAUUUGGUGAUUGAUAACGUUGUCGACCCAAAUGAGAAUGGGCUUUUACGGCCAUAUUGGGUAUACCCUGGAUGUAGAAGACUUGAGAUUGAGCAAGGAUGUUUACCUGUAAUUUUAGUGAGCGCCAGCCAAAGAUCACUGGAUGGUGAGAAUAAGAUGGAAGGCUAUACGUAUGUUCAAGGGGCAGGUGACGAUCAUGAGUUGUGGGGUAGAGGCUUAACCUCCCAGAUGUUUUGGGGCAAUAUCAACGAAUUUUCAGAUAUCUAUCGUAUGAAUGAUGAAGAAGUUGAUGAGAUGGUAAGCAAAAUUGUUAAAGGAGAUCAAAAUAGUGUAGAGGUGGAGACUUUUAACGAAGUGUUCAAAGCCAUUGUCGAAAUUUCACCAACAUUACAUUUUGGGAAGGUUGAUAAGAAUCUUACCGUUGGGGAGAUCAAUGCUAACUACGACACUAUGGUUAUUCUCGAUUCGACAUUCAAACUAAUUGAACCUAGUAAGAAGGUUCACAUUUUUCCUUUAGACAGUGGCUCCAAGAAAUCUGCCAAGGAGCUACGGACGUAUCUGCCCCAAAUCAUACCUUUGAUUAAAGGCCGGACAUUGGUUGCAUGUAAUGAUGGUGAGGAUAUGUCCGUUGCCGUUGUCUUAAGUUACAUGAACAUACACACUCCCAGGAGUGAGAGGUCGAAGGAAACAAUCAGAAGAUCAUUAAUUUCACUAUUACAAUACCGUAAAGUGAAUCCGCAGAGGGCGACAUUAACCUCCGUUAACUCAUUUUUAUUAUAG